GAAAAGGAAAAGGCGGAGGGGGCGGGGCCGGUCCCAGAAGAUGGCGGAGGCGGGGGAUUUCUGGUAGGUCUUAUUUUAGGACAAGAUGCUGUACUAUUGAAACACCAAUCUGCUUUGAUUCAUAGACAGUUGGCUUUUCAGCUGGGAAGCCAUUUUUUUUCUUUUUCUUUUUCUUUUUCUUUUUCUUUUUCUUUUUUUUUUUGCUGGCUUACUGAACUUAUGAAACCAUGGCAGAAGGAGAGACAGAGUCACCUGGGCCCAAAAAGUGUGGCCCCUAUAUCUCAUCUGUGACUAGCCGGAGUGUGAAUUUAAUGAUUCGAGGAAUAGUACUAUUUUUUAUUGGAGUAUUUCUUGCAUUAGUGUUAAAUUUACUUCAGAUUCAGAGAAAUGUGACUCUCUUUCCACCUGAUGUGAUUGCAAGCAUCUUUUCUUCAGCAUGGUGGGUACCGCCGUGUUGUGGCACAGCUUCAGCUGUGAUUGGGUUAUUAUACCCCUGCAUUGACAGGCAUCUAGGAGAACCACAUAAAUUCAAAAGAGAAUGGUCCAGUGUAAUGCGGUGCGUAGCCGUCUUUGUUGGUAUAAAUCAUGCCAGCGCUAAAGUGGAUUUUGAUAACAACAUACAGUUGUCUCUCACACUGGCUGCACUAUCCAUUGGAUUGUGGUGGACUUUUGAUAGAUCUAGAACUGGUUUUGGCCUUGGAGUAGGAAUUGCUUUCUUGGCAACUUUGGUCACUCAACUGCUAGUCUAUAAUGGUGUUUAUCAAUAUACAUCUCCAGAUUUUCUCUAUGUCCGUUCUUGGUUACCAUGUAUAUUUUUUGCUGGAGGCAUAACGAUGGGAAACAUUGGUCGACAACUGGCAGUGUAUGAAUGUAAAGUUAUCGCAGAAAAAUCUCAUCAGGAAUGAAGAAGGCAAAAAUAUUUUUUUGUACAGAAAACAAGAUGAAAAGGGCAUGUAAAUGGUAGCUAUACCAACGAAACUAUGGACUAUGAAAUUGCCAGGAUGCAGUUUUCCCCUUGAUUGGUAUAUAUAGAUAUAUAUAUACACAUAUACACAUACAUAUAUUACUGCAAUCUGUGAUUGCUUCACCUGUAAAUCAGUUACAAACCUUUAUGUAUUUGACUUAAAUAACUGUAAAAUAUAUAUGCACUACAUUAAAAAUGUUGAUUAAUAGAUGAAAUUUAAAAAUUUUUUAAACAUACCAUAUAUUGUAUCACAAUGUUGAUGUGCCAAAAUAUUCUGUUACUGUCAUGAAGAGCAUAAGAAUGCUUUGAACAAUUUACAAGCUUAGUGAAAUAAAAUAAGAGGAAAGCCAAAAAAAAAAAAAAAAAGCAAAUGGAAAGCUGGUAUAUUCUUUUUCGCUUACUAUCGUGCCUUUUUAUUUUUCUAAUCACAACAGUAUGACUUAUCGGUGUCUUAAUGUGUAGUUAGUUUCUAUUUUAAUGUUCUAGAGAACUUUGGAUAUUUUAAUAUAUGGUGAAAAUAAACUUUUAUAAAACGUUUUUCAAACCUACGUUAUUGGAGAGAGAAGAGUAAUUUUCUGUUUUGACAGAUUUUAUUUGAGGUAAAUGGGAUGAGCAGGAGAGGUUAUCAGCAUUAAAUUGUUUUGAGUCUAAACCUGGAAGAGUAUAUAUAAUUAAAAGUAAGGACCAUUGGGGAAUUUAACUAGAAUAAAUAUGUUUUAGAUAUACAAAAUGACCUUCUGCAGUGCCACAAAGUGUUAAGUGAUAUUAACUGUCAUUUGCAAUAUAGAAUCCUGCAGCUUUUGCACAUGGAACACGUGAAAAACCCCAAACAGAUCAAAAUGAAGUUUCUAAUUUUAUUAGGUUCUGUUCUUGGGUUCUAUAUUGCAAACCACUUCAGCUGGGCUUGGUUGUAUGACUGACUGUCAGUGGAAUACCAUCUGUGGAAAGGAUGGGCACAUAAUUUCUUAAGUGUUCAUAUACCCAUUAGUGAAUAUUUCAAGCCUGUUUAGGAAUAUAGUGAGAUGGGAUAUUGUGUAUGUUAUUGAUCUUGUUAACAAUUUUGUGCAUCUCCAUCCAACAACCAGAACCAUUUAAACAUGGCUUGAACAUAUUUUUAGUUAACUUUUUUCCCCAAUUUUUAUUUUUCAAAUUGAUGGUAAUUGUCUGAUACACAAGGGUGAAAUCUUCUGCUUACUCUGAAUGUGUGUUUGUGUGUGUACAUGUGUGCUGAAUUGAGUGAGAGAGAAUGUAUUCGUGUAUAUGGAUGUGCAUGUGUGCCCAUGUUUAAUAUGUCAACUAGAUAUUUUUAAAAUUUUUGAUUUUAAAUUUUUUAUUUUGAUUUGCUGUCAGACUGAGAUCUUGUGUGCCAAACUAUAAUGUGCUUUUACAUUUUAAGACUGAAAGUGUUAAAAUCCUAAGAGGAUUUCACGUUAGAUAUAUGUAUACAAUCUUAACUACAGUUGUAGAAAACAUACUACUAUAAUUUAUUACUCUGUCUUCCAGAUAAUGUUAUUCAUUUAGAACAAAUAAGGUAUAUUUUUAGAAUCAACUUUGUAAGCACUAUAUAACUUUAAUAAGUUAUAAGGUCUAUGAUGUGUUUACUUUGCAUUGCUGUUAAAAGCAAGAUGAAUUAAAUAUAUAAUUAUCAUCUU